AUGUCCGACCCUCGCAUCACCGAGUGGUUCAAGGCCGUCGACACCGACAACAGCGGCCGUAUAAACGCCUCCGAGCUUGUCAAGGCCUUGCACUCCGCAGGGCUGGACAUCUCCGUCGCCUUCGCCGGCACGCUCAUUCGCAUGUUCGACGACCAGCGCCAGGGCAGGUUGGGCCUGGUCCAGUUCGAGAAUAUGCACAAGUGGAUCAUGAGCGUCCGGCAGCACUUCCUGCGCUUCGACGCCGACGCCUCGCGAUCUCUGAGCUACCACGAGAUCUCCCAGGCGCUCCAGAGCGCCGGCUUCAACGUCGACCCCACCCCCUUCAGCGAACUCUGCAAAACCUUCGACCCAGACUGCACGGGCACGCUCUCGAUGUCCGGGUACCUGGGCCUGUGCGUGCUGCUACAGCAGGCGAGCAAGGUGUUUGGGGAAUACGACUCGCAGCGCAUGGGCCGCAUCGGCCUCGACUUCAACCAGUUCCUGUACUGCGCAGCGCUCGUGCGGUAG